AUGGCGACGUCCACACUUGCAGCCAGUGGUGGCCACUGGUUCUUGGCUUUGGCUCUCGGGGUGACUCUUCUCAAAUGCCUUCUCAUCCCCACCUACCAUUCAACGGACUUUGAAGUACACCGAAACUGGCUUGCUAUUACUCACAGUUUGCCAGUAUCUCAGUGGUAUUAUGAGGCAACUUCAGAAUGGACCUUGGAUUACCCCCCCUUUUUUGCAUGGUUUGAAUAUACCCUAUCACAUAUUGCCAAAUACUUUGAUCAAAAGAUGCUUAAUAUCCAUAACCUGAACUACAACAGCUCAAGAACAUUGCUUUUCCAGAGGUUUUCUGUCAUCUUGACAGAUGCACUCUUCAUUUAUGCUGUUCACGAGUGCUGUAAAUGUAUUGAUGGAAAAAAAACAAGCAAAGAACUUACAGAGAAGCCAAAGUUUAUUCUGUCCGUACUACUGUUGUGGAACUUUGGGUUGUUAAUUGUAGACCAUAUUCAUUUCCAGUACAAUGGCUUUUUAUCUGGAUUAAUGCUGCUCUCCAUUGCACGGUUAUUUCAGAAAAGGCAUUUGGAAGGGGCAUUUUUCUUUGCUGUCCUCCUGCAUUUCAAGCACAUCUACCUCUAUGUAGCACCAGCCUAUGGUAUCUAUCUGCUGCGAUCUUACUGUUUUACUGCAAGCAAACCAGAUGGCAGUGUCCGAUGGGACAGCUUUAGCUUUGUCCGUGUCAUUUCCCUAGGACUGAUUGUUUUCCUAGUCUCUGCUCUUUCAUUGGGCCCUUUCAUAGCCUUGAACCAACUGCCACAAAUCUUUUCCCGACUUUUUCCUUUCAAGAGGGGCCUUUGCCAUGCCUACUGGGCUCCCAACUUCUGGGCUUUGUACAAUGCUUUGGACAAAGCACUGUCUGUCAUUGGUUUGGAAUUGAAACUUCUUGAUCCCAACCAGAUUCCCAGGGCCUCCAUGACAAGUGGUUUGGUUCAGCAAUUCCAGCAUACAGUCCUUCCCUCAGUUUCCCCUUUGGCAACCCUCAUCUGUACACUGAUAGCCAUACUGCCGUCUGUUUUCUGUCUUUGGUUUAAACCCCAAGGGCCCAGAGGCUUUCUCCGAUGCCUGGUUCUUUGUGCCUUGAGUUCCUUCAUGUUUGGAUGGCAUGUUCAUGAAAAAGCCAUACUCCUUGCAAUUCUCCCAAUGAGCCUUUUGUCUGUGGAAAAAGCAGGAGAUGCGACAAUUUUUCUGAUUCUGACCACGACAGGACAUUACUCCCUCUUCCCUCUGCUGUUCACUGCCCCAGAACUUCCCAUUAAAAUUUUACUCAUGUUACUAUUUACCAUUUAUAGUAUCUCCUCUCUGAAGACACUAUUCAGAAAAGAAAAACCUCUUUUCAAUUGGAUGGAAACAAUCUACCUCCUCGGCCUGGGGCCUCUGGAAGUCUGCUGUGAAUUUGUAUUCCCUCUUACCUCCUGGAAGCUGAAGUACCCCUUCAUUCCUUUGUUGCUGACCUCAGUGUAUUGUUCAGUGGGCAUCACAUAUGCCUGGACUAGGCUGUGUGUUUCAGUGUUGACUGGCUGUCUUGUCAGCAAGACAAAGAAGCAAUGAAUAAAGAAGUGUUUGGAUGAAAGCCAAGCAAUUACUUCAUGGACUAUUAAUCAGAACUUGAAGAAAGUUGCCAGUAGCAGGAUCUAUUUAUUUAGUAGAUCUGUUUAAGGACCAUUCUUCCACACUUGGCCUUGCCCUGCCUAGCAACCUGAUUGUUUCCAUGGUGAGAAGCCACUUGCCCUCUCUAAGCAACAAAACACAUUCGAGAAAGCUCUUGCUUUCUUCUAUUAAAAUAGCCUGCUGUGCCCACUGAAGGUAAACCAGGAGGUGAUUAACAGCAUAAUUUUCUGUAGCUGGUACUGACCGUUGUUAGGAUGUAAUGCAUAAUUAGAUUCUAUACCUAAGGAAUUACAAAUAAAAUGCCAUUUUAUAUUUAUUUAUAAAA